AUGUCGGCACUUUACUUUUUCAUGAUUCUUCUCCUGUUUGGGGAAAACUCCGUCUCCCCGGCCUUGGCUGCGUCCCGGCGGGGAAAGCGCAGUUUGCUGGAGCUCGCGGGCGUUAUAAAGUGUAGCACGGGCAGAUCUGCCGUUUCCUAUGUGAUGUACGGCUGUUACUGCGGGUUGGGCGGCCGUGGAUGGCCCAAAGACAGUGCCGACUGGUGUUGUCAUAGACAUGAUUGUUGCUAUGGGAAGGUGGAGACUCUGGGCUGCCAAUCAAAAACAGACCAGUAUCAGUGGGCAUGUAAGGAACAUGCUGCUGAUUGUGACUCUCUCAGUGAUAAGUGUGAGAGGAUGCUGUGUCUUUGUGACAGAGAGGCAGCCGGGUGUCUGGGCAGAGUUUCAUACAAUCCCAAAUAUUGCGUCUGGCCUGAUUUCCUCUGUGGAGAAGAGCAGCCUCCCUGUGCUAUGUCCUGA